UUCGAGUAUCUCCGGUAUCAUUCGUAAAAUCGACCGAGGGAUCCGGAGUGUUGAAAAGAAAUCAUGUGACCAUACAAAAUGGCAGCUAAGAAGAAGAACUGUUUUGUUAAUUUCAUUUGUAUCCUAAUUGCACUUGGAUUUGGUACCUGUACCGGUACAUCAUUUCAAGAAGUCCAUGCUGAAGUACAGUCCAUAGAAAAAGUGCAUAUUAUUUUUAUGAAUCAUUUAGAUGUUGGAUACAACGGCAUUCCAAAGAAGACUGGUUUUGUUAACAAUGUCAUAAAUACCUAUUUUACUGAGUACUUCCCUCGAGCUAUUAACCUUUCUCAGGAGCUGCGGAAAGGUGAAUAUGUCGAAAGCUUUAUCUACACCACACAUCCGUGGCUUGUCAGUUUGUAUUUGGACUGCCCAGAUUUGGUGCUUAACCAGAUUCCUUUAAAGUGUCCAAAUGCUACUGAGAAAUCUGCGUUCAAGGCGGCUGUUCAGCGAGGCGACAUUGCGUGGCAUGCUGGGCCAAUGAACAUGCAGCCAGAAAACAUGAACAAACUGGUGUUUGAACUGGGCCUCAACAUCAGUCUGAACGUGGAUGCCAUGUUUGGAAUCAAGAGACGGUUCGCAGCUCUCAGUCAGAGAGACGUCCCAGGCAUGACUCAGUCUGUUGUUCCAAGUCUUGUCAAGUAUGGAGUUGCCGCAGUGUCUGUUGGCGUAAACUCUGGAACCAGCCCACCCGCUGUACACAACCCGUUCUUAUGGAGGUUUGAAGGCAGUGAAGUCAUUGGUUUCUGGCAUCCAGGUGGAUACCCAGAAAAUCCAGGACCAACCCCUGGUGACCCCCAUGGUCUGUCAAAGAAAAACUGUCUAAUAAUUGAGGGGUUUUCUCAAGUCUUGUGUUUCGCCUUCAGAUCUGACAACAGUGGACCGCCCCUCAGCGUUCAGGAAAUUCUGGGCAACUAUGAAAUACUGCGAACAGAAUUUCCUGGAGCCCAGCUUGAGGCCUCAACAUUUGACCGAUACAUCGAAUCUCUGCAGCCGAUAAAGCACACUCUGCCGGUGGGCACAUUUGAAGUGGGCGAUACCUGGAUCCAGGGAAUAGCCUCCGACCCCGUGAAGAUGUCCAAGUACUGGACGUUCAGCAAUACCUUACAAGACUGCUUUCUGUCUCAACGGUGUCAGGGAGAUGACCCCAGGAUUAAGAAUGCGGCUAGGUUUCUCGUCAAACUUCCAGAACACACGUGGGGCCUUCCGACAGUAUACGACAACAUUAACUGGUCAAAUAAAGCCUUUGAAAAAGUUCGAAAUGGUAAAAACUUCACAAACUGUGUGAAGUCAUGGGUUGAACAGCGGGCAUUCUUGGACCUCGCGCUACAGAGUCUUGGUACACAUCCAGUGGCAAGUGAAAUCAAACAAAACUAUGAUCUUCUCACUCCCAAACAACCCAGUCUUACAGGAUACAAGCGGAUUGACAAUUACUCCGUGCCUUUCAUCUGUAGUGAUGGAAUCAGGUUGCAGUUUGGAUCUGAUGGUUCACUGGCCAAUCUCUUUGAUCCUUACAAUCAGAUAGAGUGGGCGUCAAAAGACAGCCAUUUUGGAGGAUUCUUAUACUCGACAUACAACGAGACUGACUUCAUCCACAUGGGGAAGAUAUUCAACUUCGUGGGAAAUGGGAUUCUGUUUGGAUACGACAAACCCAACUCCACCCAAAACGCUGCCCCUGUGUCCAAGACUUGGCAGUUUAUCAUGGAAAGUCUGUACCAGAAAACUGAUACAUCAGAGCACUGUGAUUUUUUGGUGAAAUUGGUCCCAAAGGAUCGUGAAAGCUAUGAGCUGUAUGGGGCUCCUAGAAAAGUGUGGAUACAGUACACCUCUAGAUCACCCUCACCACAGGGCUACCCAGGAGGACUGGAUGUGACAGUUCAGUGGUUCCAGAAGACUUCAACACGGCUCGCCGAGUCUCUGUCAUUCAACUUCAUGCCCGUGUCGCAGUCGUCACAUCGAUGGCUAAUUUCAAAAACAGGUCAUCUCGUUGAUCCAGCAAACGUCGUCAAGAAUGGGAGUCAGUAUGUUCAUGCCACAGACAAUGGUGCUUUCUACUUGGAUAAGGAUGGGAAUGGCCUACAGCUGAUCACUCAGAAUGUUCCACUUGUGUACGUGGGAACCAAAGCCCACCCUCCUUCACCAUUUCCGGUUCCUCUGGAUCCAAUCAAACAAGAGGAGAUAACUAGCAUGGCCUUUAACUUCUACAACAAUAUUUGGAACACAAAUUAUAUACUGUGGUAUCCAUAUCUUCCAGGAGAGGAUAGUUUUAAAGGAAGAUUUAAAAUUAACUUUUACACUUUAAAAAAUUAAAGGCGCAUCCCCUAGUUUUAACCCGUAAAAAAUAAGACACUAAGUUUAGUUAAUUUACAAACCUAUAACUCAUCUGGAUAAAGUUACAGU